UUCCCCAUCUGACACUGUCUACUGUUACCCCUCCUACCCCCCCCCCCUCCUCCUCUCCUGGACAACUCCUGCUUUAGUUAGCUGGCAAAGAUUUGUAAGUCAUCAUCUGCAAAGACGGCAAGGGAGAGACAGACUGCAGAAACUCCUCUGAAGUCUAUGCAGGAGAGAAGAAGGUACAGCCAUGUCGGUGAUAUACAGCGAGGUCGUGGUGGAUGAGGUCACUCCUGAUAGCUUCUGGAUGCCCAACAAUUACACUAGCACAGUGAAACGGAUGGAAGAUGGACACAGACUAUGUGAUGAAAUCGUAGCUUGUUUCCAGGACAGGGCCAAGAUUGAGAAGCAGUACGCACUACAGAUGGAUGAGUGGACUCGCAAGUGGAAACCCCUGGUAGACAGCAGUCCCAUGUAUGGUUCCCUACUGAAAGCCUGGCAGUCAUUCAUGACAGCAACAGAACGUCUCAGUGAGCUGCAUAUACAGAUCCAGAAAACAUUACUAACAGAUGAUGCAGACAAAAUACGCAACUGGCAGAAGGAGACUUAUCAUCGCAAAAUCUUUGGUGGAUUCAAGGAAUCCUGUGAGAUUGAGAGUGGCUUCCACAAGGCUCAGAAACCAUGGGCAAAAAAAUUAAAAAAGCUUGAAAAGUCAAAGCUAUCUUAUCACAAGGCAUGCAAGAAAGAGCACUUGGCUACAGUCAGAGAGAACAACGGGAAAAUUAAUCCAGAGUUGUCACAAGAGAAGCAGAAGAAACUAAUAGAGGAUAAUGAGAAAUGCAAGCAAGAAAAGGAAAAGAUAAGACAAAGAUAUGAAAAGUCCUUGCAGGAAUUGAACAAAUAUAACCCAAAGUAUAUGGAAGAGAUGGAAACGGUGUUUGACCAAAGUCAGCAGCUGGAGCAGAAGAAGAUUAUUUUUAUAAAACAAGCGCUACAUUCUGUGCACCAGCACUUAGAUGUAACAAGCAAUGAAAGUGUCCAGACUGUAUACAGUGACCUGAACCAGGCUAUCAUGGCUGUCAAUGACCAGGAAGACUUGAAGUGGUGGAGAAACAAACACGGACCUGGAAUGUUAAUGAACUGGCCAAAGAUGGAGGAGUGGAAUGCAGAUACAGAACAGCAAAUAGUAAAAAAGAAGAGAGUUAAAGAGACAGACAAGGUGACAUUGUACAGUGUUACACCGACAGAAAGCAGUAUGAAUAAGCCUCCAGUAAAUGUGCCUGGAGUGCGAGUGCGAGCAGUUUAUGAUUAUUCAGGACAGGAAGCUGAUGAACUCAGUUUUAAAGCAGGUGAUGAACUCACAAAGAUUGAAGAGGAAGAUGAGCAAGGUUGGUGCAAAGGUGUGACAGACCGUGGGCAAGUCGGACUGUACCCUGCAAACUACGUGGAAGUCAUUUCUGGAUAAAAAAACAAACAAAAAAACAAUGGGAAUAAUCAAGCAGCAUUAAAACAAACGCAAAUGACAAUAAUUUAUACAAGGAACCAUCAAACAUGGAGUUAUCCGUCAACAUCCUUCUCCUCUCACACCGCUUGUAUUUGUUACACCACAAGAAACACCACUGCUAAUAUGAAAGAUAUCGCUGACCACUUCCAGUAUUCUUUAUUUUAUUGGAUCUAAAAUGUAGUUUUAAUUUUUUACUGAAGAAAAUACAGAAAUAGAACUCAAGGUAUUUAUACGCUCACAAAUAUUUUUUCUCUGUACCAUCAAUUUGGUAUUUUUUACAGUCCUGUUGAGAUCAAGCUAACCUCAUUUAUUUAUAGAUAUUUGAGAUCUUAAACAGAAAUGAAACCUGAAUGCUAUGUGCAGUGCAGACCAGGUUUGGCAAAGCUUAGCACACAACAAAAUAUUUUACUGGCAAACAGCACUCAUAUUUGUCCCUCCUGCAGUGCAGUGAGACUUUGUUAAAUUAUUACUGAUUUUGGCAUAAGCUCUGAAAAAGGAUGUCAGGACUGCUCUCCCUCUAAGGAGUGCUCAUAUUUUAAUAUGCAAUGUGCAUCCAUGGAAUAUAACGGGGAAAAACAUAUUAGACCGGAAUUCAAGAGAAUAUGACACACAAUUUCCUAUUUUCUAUAGACUUCAUGAAAUAUUUUGAGAAAGCAUUUCAAUGCAAUCUUUGCUUAUUUAGCGAUAUAUAGACCACAAAGCCCACUGUAUAACCAGGAUCCUUUCGGGAUGCUCAAUGUCAAUUGUGGAAGAAUGUUAGCACUGAUACAGGGACGAAAAGCCCAGGCUUGAUAUAACACCCUUAUGCUAAUGUAAAAGGUAAUCAUUUUCAGUAUCAAAUUCAUUUGGAGAUUUUAACAAAAUAAAUAACUUAAAAUGCUAUUUAAAAAAAAAAUAAUAUUCCUUUUUUCCCCAACACAAAACCAGCUUCUAUAAAGGGGCUUUUACAGUAAUUGGUGAAGCAGCAAUGGAAACCAUUAAAGUGUCUUCUAUACCAAAAA